AUGGCGCUCUCGGGGGCCCCGCUCUCCUCCUCCUCGUCCUCCUACUCCUACUAUUACUACUCGGAGGAGGCGGAGGAGGAGGGGGGCUCGGGCUGGGCCUGGGGCAACGGCAGCGGCUGGGACUGGGUCGGGCGCUGCGGCUGGGCGCCGUCAGACUGGGCGGCCUCCUUCUGGCUGCUGCCGGCGCUCUACCUGCUGGUCUUCGGGCUGGGGCUGGCGGGGAACGGGCUGGUGCUGGCCACGGCCUGCUGCCCUUCGUCUUCCUCCUGGGACGGGGGCGGCGGAGGCGGAGGGUCUGGGUGCCGUCGGCGCUGGCCCUCGGAGGCCUACCUGGCGCACCUGGCGCUGGCCGACCUGGCCUUCGUGGUGACGCUGCCGCUGUGGGCGGCCUACACGGCGCUGGGCUUCCACUGGCCCUUCGGGGCCGCCCUCUGCAAGCUCAGCAGCUACCUGGUCCUCCUCAACAUGUUCGCCUCGGCCUUCUGCCUGGCCGCCCUCAGCCUCGAGCGCUACCUGGCCAUCGUCCGCCACGCCUGGCCCUCGCCCUCCGCCGUCCCCGCCGCCGCCGCCUCCUCCUCCUCCUCGGCCUGUUCUCCGUCUCCGGGGCGGAGGCGGGGUGCCGGCGGCGGGGCGGCGCUGGCGGCGGUGUGGCUGGGGGCGGCCCUGCUGGCGCUGCCGGCGCUGCUGCUGCGGGAGACGCGAGCCUCGGGCCCCGAGGGAGACGGGGAGGAGGAGGACGAGGCCCCGCUGCUGGCCUGCGACCUGGAUCUGAGCGGCGUGGCCUCCAGCCCCGAGGAGGAGGCCUACUGGCUGGCGGGGCUGAGCCUGGCCUCCACGGCCCUGGGCUUCCUGCUGCCGCUGCUGCUCAUGAGCCUCUGCUACCUGGCCAUCGGCGCCGCCGUCAGCCGCCACUUCCGAGGAGAGGCCCGGGGCCGGCGGCGGCGGAGGGCCCGGCUGCUGCGGAUCCUGGCCAGCCUGGUGCUGGUCUUCGCCGGCUGCUGGCUGCCCUUCCACCUGCUAAAGAGCCUCUACGUCUUGGCCGGCCUGGGCCUGCUGGAGCUGCCCUGCGGCGCCCUAGCCCUGCUGCUCCGCCUGCACCCCUACGCCACCUGCCUUGCCUACCUCAACAGCUGCCUCAACCCGCUCCUCUAUGCCGCCCUCGACCCCCGCUUCCGACGACGCGGACGCCGGCUCCUCCGAGGCCUCCUCGGCGCCCGGCCACCACGCCUCCACCCCCGACGCCGCCCCGGAGGGAGCACCAGCAGCGGCGGCGGCGGCGGAGGCAGCGGAGGCAGCAGCCCCCGACGGGGCCCAGGGCCAGGCUGCCUCCGCCGCGCCAGGGACCCAGGAGAGGGCGCCACUGCCUUCGCCACCGUCGAGGAGCAUCAGGGCCCGGCGUCGCUCUCCUCCAGCCUCAGCGGAGGAGCCAGCCCCAAGGCCCAGCAGGCGCCCUCCCGCGGCACCGCGCUCUGAGCCCCGGCGGAACAGGAGCAGGAGCAGCAGGGCUGAGGGCCGGAGGCGCCGUCGGGGCCGGCCUUUCCCUUGGGCGAC